AUGGAGGAGAGGGAAGAACAACAGAGGGCAAGACAAAGAGAAGUAAAGGAAUGGAUGGAUUACCAUCAACUACCACUUGAUCUAAAGGAACGCGUUGAUCAUGCUAUCCAGUCUGAAUGGACUGGAAGUGGCAUAGAUGAUGAGACCGUGCUGGAUUCACUCUCUCUGGAACUGAGAUCUGAAAUUCGGAAAUAUUUAUACAUGGAUUCUGUCUGCAAGUUGCCUAAGUUUGCAGAUAUGGAUACUCCAUUAGUUGAGGCAAUUUGCCAACACCUGAAAACAUUCUCUGGUAAAGAAAGCACGUACAUUGUAUAUGAAGGCGAUAUUGUCAAGCAAAUGCUCUUCAUUUUCAGUGGUCAAUUAGAACUCUCUUUCACAGACACGGGAAACUCUAUUUUAUCGAUUCUCGGACCUGGUGAAUGCUGUGGCCAAGAACUAGUAACAUGGGCUUCACAACCCACAACUUCAAUGGACAACCUUCCUCCUUCCACUUGGACCAUCAAAUGCCUCACAGAUGUUGAAGCAUUUGUGCUACAUGCUUAUGACAUGAAGAUUCUCGCUACUCAAUUCGCGCACAAUCAAGAGUUUCAACGUGCUUUCAAGCAGCAUUACCGUUAA